GGCUAGUUUAUUUCUAGGAAUCGCUUCAGAUAUCGUGAAUCGUCAUGGCGAACCUCAAGUGGUGUACGUUUGUGGCGGUGGCGUUGGUGUGCCAGUUUGGGCUCGCUCCUGGCCAGGAAGGAGUGAAAACGGUCCGCAAAGGUGUCAAGGGUGGCUCCCACAAUGUGUCGUUUGGGAACGACAGCUUCUUCGCACCUCCAGACGGUGUAUUCCGGCCGAAUCACACCACGAUGGAUCUGCACCGAUCGAACGAAUCCCUCAGCGCCCUCGAUCGGUUCAUGAACAAAACGAAAGGUCACAUUCCGUCUGGUGUUUGCUUCGAAGAGGUCCCUACGGCGUCUCUGUUGAAAAACACCCCCGUGGGGUAUGUCCCGCAAGGAAACGGGUCGAAUCCUUCACUAAGCCGCGUGCAAGUCUGCUGUCCCGGAUUCGAGCGAAACGUGCAUAACUUCCGCAAAUGUGAACCCGUGUGCGAGGAUCCCUGCCAGAAUGGAUUGUGUGUGGGGCCAAACACCUGCGAGUGUUAUCCUGACUUCGUUCGCAACACCAAGGGUCGAUGCGUGCCAACCUGUCCGAUCGGAUGCGAUCACGGUGAAUGCGUACAGGGCACAAACGAAUGUCGCUGUCACGAAGGAUACGAGCUGCAGCAAGUCGGAGGAAAACUGUGCGUUCCCAAGUGUACCGGUGGCUGCGGAGAAGGUCGCUGUGUGGACGUGGAACGCUGCGAGUGUGGUCAAGGAUACACGUUUGAUCCGCAGCGAAAGUGUGCUCCACACUGCGAGGGUGGCUGUCAUAAUGGGCGUUGUGUGGCACCGGGAGUUUGUGAGUGUGAAGUCGGAUAUGAACCAUCGGAUGCGGGUUGUGAGCCUGUCUGCUCGAAUGGGUGCUUCCACGGUGUCUGCACCGCACCAGAAACGUGUUCCUGCAAGCCGGGGUACGAAAUGAACGACGGACAAUGCACGGCUAGCUGUGAUCGACCCUGCCUGAAUGGAGCCUGCACAGGACCGAACGUUUGCAGCUGCAACCGUGGAUUCAUCUUAGACGAAGUCAACAUCUUCCACUGCAUCCCACACUGUCCCGAUGGCUGCCCGAACGGGGUCUGUUCCGGUCCGAACAUGUGCCUCUGCAACGCAGGAUACGUCAAGGAUCGUUCGGUGAAGGGAAGCCAAGCGUGCAUCAAGCGCUUCGGUGCAGUAAAAGCGUAGGCAAGCGCACGCGCCCGCACGCCACCGAUAACCGAGCUGCCCGUUUGCGGCGGAAUUUCACAGCUGCUCACAGCGCUGACCUUCUUGCUAUGACUUCACAUACCCGCUGCAUGUUGGAUCGUUGCUGGUUUUGAUAACGCGUUAUCAGCCGCGGUUUAUGGUACGGGUGGUAUGCAAAAACAACAUUAAAAACAAUCACGCAUAUGUGCACGAAAGCACGAGAGAAAUAAAUCAAGCCUAAUGGCCGAGGCGAUGCGUUUUAUUGUUGUGUUUUCAUGCGAAAUUAAUGAGGAUAGUCUUUAACGGCAAUCGCAUGAA